GCACCUUUCGGAGUUUCCUUAUGAACUUCUUCAACUGUAGUACGUUAUUUGGGCAGGGUGUGAAAACAUGGCAAAAUUGAGAUGCUUAGAGCUGGACCUGAGCAAGGAGAGAUUCAACGACGCCGGUUAUCCCACCGUAACCUCCGAUGAACAAAUAAAAGUUGAAUGUUCUGUUGCUGCAUUAUACAACUGGGUGAAAACCACAAAUGAAUCUACGAAAGGACCAAUUUUACACAGAGAACGACACGUGAACUACUUGAAGAAAGGCUUGGCAAAUCUUCCAGAAGGUUGCACCGUUUUAGAUGCUAGUCGGCCAUGGUUUGUAUACUGGGCUCUCCAUGCAUUGGAACUCUUAGAUGUGAGACUGGAAGAGGAAGAGGCAGCAAAAGUUGUAGAUUUUCUACGUCACUGUCAAAAUCCAACUGGUGGCUUUGGUGGGGGACCGGGACAGUAUUCGCACUUGGCACCAACAUACGCUGCAGUGAAUGCCUUAGUUAUUAUUGGAACAAAGGAAGCAUAUGAUGCAAUUAACAGGUGA